AGUUUUAACACUUUAUAUUUUAUUUUAGAAAACUAAAACCAUCGUGUCAGAAUGUGAAGAUGUACCCCGUAAUAAAUGAAUGGAUUAAAAAUUCAGUUUAUAUUUUCUUUAUUUUUCUGAUUUGGUGCCAUACAGGAAACUCGUUUAUCCGCAACUUCACUGGCGACACCAACUUAAAAUCGUUCGUUUGGGAUGGAAUGUAUCAGGUUUUUUAUGUUGGAGGAAUCGAUACAUUGUAUCAGACAUCACAGAGUUUGGAACUUGAAAACAAAUUUGUUUAUAACCAAACAUCUACAGCAGUACACAACAACCCAUGCAAUGGACCUGACUGUCAAAAUCAGGAAAAUGUUAUCGAAUUGCUCUUAGUGGACACUGAUAACCAAUUAGUAAUAUCAUGUGGCACAGCCAAUGAUGGUAUGUGUCAUCACCACGCCUUGAAUAAUAUUCUUAAUGCAGUUGCUGUCACCGGCACUUACAAUAAUUCAAACCAUAUUGUAAGUUUAUCUGGCAGUACGUAUGGGUUGAUGGCACCGGGUCCAGCUGGUAGAAAUGUGUUUUAUUUUGGAAGAACUAUCGAUGAUAAUAUUCCUUAUGAAUAUCAACAGUCUGUGUCUAGCAAAGUUUGGAAUAGCGAGUUAAAUGGGUUUCAUCUUACCGAAAAUACUACAACACAACAUUUAAAACUAGUAUCCCAUAUAACUGUUCAUAAAACACAUGCGAGAAACUACAAGAUUCAGUAUAAAUAUGGCUUCAGCUACAAUGGAUUUACCUACUUUGUUACCAACCAAAAUAAGAACUUAAAUGCACCGCGGUUACAAAUACGCUUGGUUAGAGUUUGCCAAAGAGAUGAAGCUUUUUAUAGUUAUUCCGAGAUUAAACUGUUAUGCAAAGGAACAAGAGCAAAAUUCAAGUUUAGUAACAUACUAGAUGCACACCUGACUAAAAUCAGCACAGAUUGGAUAACAAGGAAAAGAUUAGACCCAAAUAUAUCAAACCAUACCUUUCUUUUUAUCCUUGCCAAAGAUGAACACAAGCAAUCAACCUCUCUGUGUUCAUACAGCAUGAAAGAUAUUGAGUUAGAGUUCAAGAAGUCUAUAACGGACUGUCAAUUUAACCCUAGUCGCGAGGCUGGUCUUGAAUUUUUGUACGAAAAGGGAAGUGUUACCAAAAAGUGUUCGUACAAGCCCACAAGUGCACCAGUUACCUUGUGUGCAAGACCAGCUCAGAGAAAUACAGUGCACAACAUUUAUUCUAAGGAUCCAGUCCAAUCACAGAAUGUGCUUAUAUACCAGAAUGAACAAAAUGCUCACCUUAGAUCAAUGACUGUGUUUUCUUUUGGCACCAAGACCGUCUCUGCCAUAGGAACUAGUUCCGGCGAGCUCAUUUUUUACCACAUUGGUGCCUUACGUAUCCAGGAUAUCUUAAAUAUCACUCUGCAAAUAUCAAAACAUCCAAUUGUAAAGGUGGAAUACAUUGAAGCCAAGCAAUUGAUUGUUGCUAUGGAUGAAACAUCACUUUAUAGUAUAUCAUUGAAAGAGGUGUGCGAGAGCAUAACAUCAUGCAGAGAAUGUGUUCGAAACAACUUCCUCUGUGAAUAUUGCAGCGAUGAGAUGAAAUGUUCUUCCAAGUCCCAAUGUCAUGGUAAUGAAAUAAAUAUUUGUCGUCCAAUUAUUUUUGAUUUUUCUCCAAAAUCUGGACCAUGGCAGGGCAACACUGUCAUUACAUUCACGGGAGAAGGCUUAGGUCACAGUACUCCACGGUUUGGUAAAAACACAACAUGGAAUGUCACUAUCGGGGAACUAGGAAUUUGCAGUGCUGUUGGGGAAGAAUUAUACAAUCAGUUUCAGUGCUCUACAAAUCAGGUUAACUUAACGAAUCAAAAUAUAUCUUCCAAGAUUUCAAUGUUUGUGUAUUCACCACUUCCACAAACCAACGUGGGCAAGGAGUAUUACCGGAUCCAGGGUGUUGCCAACAGUUCAACAGAAUUUUCUUUUUUGGAUGUCUCAGUAUCCAGCUUCCAACCAAAUUUUGGUCCAAAAUCUGGUGGUACGACUCUAAAUAUUCGAGGCAAAAAUCUUCACACAGGGUCCAACGUUGGGGUUACUGUUGCCGGCAUUGACUGUCAAGUGACAGCUAGAAACAGAAAUACAAUUUUGUGUGUCACAAGUGGGAGCAAAAGGAGUAAACGGGAAAUUAAUGAUGGAAAUGUUACAGUUACAAUAGAUGGGACACAAUGGACUGCUGAAGGGACAUUCAUCUACAAAACGGAUCCUCAAAUAACCUCACUAAAGAUCACCACGUUAAAAAGAGGUGGACUUAACGUAAAAGUAGAAGGAAAAAAUCUCGAUUCAGUUUCGAGCCCAACAGCUGUGAUACAAAUUUCCGACGUCACACGAGAUGUUCCUUGUAAAGUGAUAAAUAGCAAACACAUGAAAUUUAUCAGCCCAGCAUUUCCUGAGGUCUACGAUUUGAAACGAACAGUAAAAGGAGUUAUUGCUUUCAAGAUGGAUGGUGUUUCUCAACAAUUAGAUUACGAAGCUUGUAACGAACCGGUCAUUUACUCGUUCAAUUCAACCAACCAAGAAGUUAGACACGAGGAAGAAGAUGAACUUUCAGUUUUAAUAUCAGGUGUUAACUUGCUGCUUGGAUGCCAGAAGUCUGAUUAUACAGUGAUGGUGGAAGAUAUUCCAUGUGAUUCUAUCAACUUUAUCUUGGAAAAAGGGAAAAGAGAUCAAGAUAUUAUCUGUCUUGUUCCACAAGAAGCACAAGAUAUAGGAAAUCUACUCAAUGUAACGGUUCAUCUUGGAAGAAACAUCCUAUACAACCCAGGUGUAAUGGACACCACUCCACCACCAAAACCUGUAUCAAUCGCAGCAAUCAUUGUGCCUGUACUUCUAGGGAUAAUUGUAAUUCUUGUUGUGGUCAUGAUAAUUGUGUGCAAGCGUAGAAAUAAGAAAGAAGAGACUGCUGUUGCCUACUCUGCCAAUCCUGUGAACAAUUACCAUGGCAACAGCAUAAGAAACAAUGAGCGUCUUCCCCUGAUCAGUUCCGCUUCCAUCUCAGAGCAACUUUCGCCACAAAUCCUCCAAGAGAUGAGUUCUGUGUUGAUAUCACGCAACAAGUUAAUGGUUGACAAGGAGAAUAUUAUAGGCAAAGGCCAUUUUGGGACAGUGUACAAUGGUGAAUACAUCACCUCGGAGAUAAGUAAACUGAAUGGGAAUCCCAUUAAAAGAAAAGUGGCGAUCAAAACCCUUUCAAAAAUUGAAGACACAGAAUCUGUGGAAAAGUUUCUUAAAGAAGGUUUAAUGAUGAGCGAUUUUCACGAUGAAAACGUCCUCACGCUCAUCGGGAUCAGUUGGGAUGAUGACGGAGCUCCAAUGGUUGUCCUCCCGUACAUGAUGCACGGAGAUCUACUUCAGUUUAUACGAAAACCAUCCAACAAUCCUACAGUAAAGGAUCUGGUUGGGUUUGGGUUGCAAGCAUGCAAGGGGAUGUGUUAUCUUGCAUCACAACGAUUUGUUCAUCGAGAUUUAGCUGCAAGGAACUGUAUGUUGAAUGAGACAUAUGUUGUGAAGGUGGCAGACUUUGGUUUGGCACGUGAUAUUUACGAGAAGGAGUAUUACAAGCCACACGAACAUGCUGGAAGGAUGCCUGUUAAGUGGAUGGCACUUGAGAGUCUUCAACAGCAAACUUUCACCAUCAAGACCGAUGUCUGGUCAUUUGGUAUUUUACUGUGGGAGCUUUUGACUAGAGGUGUCACGCCUUAUCCAGAUGUGGAUGCGUUCGAUGUUGUCAACUACAUACUUGACGGACGUCGUUUACGUCAGCCACAGUAUUGCCCGGAUCCUUUGUAUGAACUCAUGCUCAGUUGUUGGCAUCCGUUGCCUGAAACAAGACCAGAUUUUGUGACGCUUGUACGAAAAAUCGAGCAAAUAUAUGGAGAAAUACAUGGGGUGCAUUAUCCAGGUCUCGAUGUGAACUACAUAAAUGUAAUGGAUGUUCAUCCUUACCCAUCACUGGUUCGAACAUCAGAAAGCAGAAGCACGGGUGGUAGCAUGGUACAAGAUGUCUUCAGUCCUGGUCCCCGUACCCCUGUUAGUGGUGGAUCAUUAGACAGGGGAGGAGUAAGUUCAGUCCCUCCACCUCGUAACCGUGCAAUGACUAUUGAACAACCUGACCAUUCACCAGUGUUUUUUAAGUCUCGCACAGUUGAUUCUUCACCAGCAAUAUCUCCACUUACCCGAUCAUUUGACCAUGGAGACGAUUUAUCCACAGAUGAAGAAGGUUACCUUCUUCCAAGUCAAUCUAAAAAGGGGAAAACCCCUGUACCCCUGGGUAAACUGCGUACUCACCCAAACAUGCAAAAAGCAAGUGAAACAGACACAGACGGCUAUCUUUUACCACAGAAAUCUGUUGAAGAGAAAGAAUCUCCUCGUACUCCAAGGCAAUACAGUGAAGCUACACCACCAACACGGCCACGCCCACUCCCACGCACACCUAAUCAACCAAUCACACCUUCUCCAUUGACUAAAACUGGAACAAAUGGCACAAACACCCAACCUCUUGUUCCACGUAAAACAAGCAAGACAAGCCCCCCUGGUGCAAACUUGGACAAUAUCACAUACUUUGAAUCUCCGUUGAGUGAACCUUCCGCUGAAAAUAACCGCAACAGGUCUGCCACCGACCCAAUUAGUCCUUCCUACAUCCCUAUGAGCAACAAUGGAGCUACUGCCGAAUCACCGAAAAUGUAUCUUCCUAUGCGUUCCAACACAGUCAAUACUUGACCAGAGUCACAAGCAUAUUCUACUGCUUGAAGUUGGGCAUAUUUUGGAGGAAUGGUGGAAAUAUGAAACUGUUUUGAUUUGAUGUAUCUUUGAGGACACACUGCCCAAAACACAGCUGCAAGAAUGUUGUUCUGACUUCAUGUGUCUCCACAGAUGCAGUGUGAGUUAGUAGUAACGUUUUGUACAUUUUUAUAGAUGCAAGGUGCUCUGUGGUACUUUAUGAUAUUAGCUUUUAAACUAACCUAUCAACAUGUAUUGUAAUGUAUUUCAUUGUCUUUUUUACGAAUUUUAAACACAUAUGCUGUAAAUUUCGAGAAAAUCACUUCACAUACAAUCCUUUUUAUACAUGAAUUUACUCUUUAAUAAUGUAAAGACUUCACUUAUGCCUUCCAAUUCAUUUAUUUUAAUUAAAAUUAUAGUUUCUGUUCAGUUUUGGUGCAGUAAAAUUUCAAAUUUUAUUUUAUAAUCGAUUGUGUUAGCUCUACGAGAUUUGUACUAAAAGUAGAGGUGCAUUUUAAUACCUUUUCAUGGAAGAUCUUCUGUAUAGUUGGUUUACUGGCUUGUGUUAGCAUGUGCAAUUGAAAUAGUCAAUGAAAAUUUUAUAAAUGCACUUUUACAAUUUUUGAAUCAUAAUUUGUCUUCAUUUGCUGUGUUACGGUGCUGUCCGGUGUUAAUUAUUCAUAUUAAGCAAUAGUAGUUAGUUGCAACAGAAACUUGUGCUUUGUGUAUGUAUGUAUAUAUAUGAAAAUUAUUAAUUAGUUAUUUGAAAUUAUUUAUAAUUUGUUUGUUGUUGCUACAAGUAUUGUAGAAAACACUCUUUUUCAUAACUUAACAAAUAAAAACAAUUAAUUUUCGAAAAGCUUUCAUUAAUUUUUUACUAAACAGUACUAUAGACAUGUUUCCACUUCUGUUAGUUUUUAUUGCUUCACAACUGCUGAUAGUUUAAGUUAGAGAUUACAAGUUGAAGUCAACGUUAUAAUUUGAUUCUGUGCUUUUAAUAUUUCAUUUGAAUUCUGGUAUUUUACAUUUUGAGAAAUUUUCACCCAUCUGAUCAUAGUAAAGUAAAAGGGCAAACAGAU